AUGUCUCACCAGCGAGUUCACACCAGGGAGCAGCCGUUCACCUGCUCGGACUGCGGGAAGGGAUUCACUUGCUCAUCUCAACUGAAGGUACAUCAGCGAGUUCACACUGGAGAGAGGCCAUUCAUCUGCUCAGACUGUGGGAAAGGAUUCACUCAGUCAUACCAUCUGCUGACACACCAGCGAGUUCACACUGGGGAGAGACCGUUCACCUGCGCAGACUGUGGGAAGAGAUUCACUUGGUCAACCGAUCUGGUGACACACCAGCGAGUUCACACUGGGGAGAGGCCGUACACCUGUUCAGACUGUGGGAAGGGAUUCAUUUGCUCAUCUGAACUGAAGGUACAUCAGCGAGUUCACACUGGGGAGAGGCCGUACACCUGCUCAGACUGUGGGAAGGGAUUCACUCAGUCAUCGAGCCUACAGAGACACCAGCGAGUUCACACUGGAGAGAGGCCGUUCACCUGCUCUCAAUGUGGGAAGGGAUUCGCUCAGUCAUCUAACCUUGUGACACACUACCGUGUUCACACUGGGGGGAAGUUUCAAUAA